GACUUGAUUGGUCACAUCUGGUACUGGGAGUUACUUGGAACUUGAUAUUCCAAUCUCACAGCGAACCUAGGAAGGAUUACCUCACCUGAUCUGUAAGAACGCAGUAUCCGGUGGUUGACAGGGAAGAGUGUGAGGCUCACGCUCUGGCACCUAUUUCAGGAAGCUCCGAUAACUAUUUCAGGAAGCUUCUGCAUAUGAGGCACGUGGGGGCGUGUGUAACAUCUGAAUCAAAUCAGAUUUUUUCUUUCCACACAUCGUCUCGAUAUUUCCGUUGUCAGAUUUUGUGGUCUCUUGUUCAACAGACCUCAGUUAGGUUGAUUUCUGAGCAUUCCAGGUCAAAAAGAUGAUUUUUCAUGCCAUGACGGAUGCCAUUUGCAAACUGGGAAUGAGAAGUCAAUGAAAGGAACAAUUCAAAGAUGGAUGGUGUCAAAUCUCUGUCAUCAACUCCAGUCAACAAAGUGCAAGACGCCAUUAGCAACUCCACAAAGAUCUUUGGAUAUUGGGAAACAGUCAGAGGACAUGGCACAAGCCAGAAGGAAAUCUUCUUCUAUCGAAAAUGAGCUGGCUAGAACCGUGCAAACUGAUUAUAGGAGUCCUGUUUCAAGUCAUCUUCUUUCUGCAGAAAAGGCCAUGCCACAAAUCAGAAGAAAAUCUUCUGCUACCGAAAAUGAGCUGGUUAGAACCGUGGAAACUGAUUGUGGGAGUCUUGUUUCAAGUCAUCUUCUUUCUGCAGAAAAGGCCAUGCCACAGGCCAGAAGGAAAUCUUCUGCUAUCGAGAAUGAGCUGGUUAGAACCACGCAACCUGAUUGCAGGAGUCCUGUUUCAAAUCAUCUUCUUUCUGCAGAAAAGGCCAUGCCAAAAGCCAGAAGGAAAUCUUCUGCUAUCCAAAAUGAGCUGGUUAGAACUGCUCAAACUGAUUGCCAUAGUCCUGUUUCAAGUCAUCUUCUUUCUGCAGAAAAGGCCAUGCCACAAGCCAGAACAAAAACUUCUGCUAUCGAAAAUGAGCUGGUUAGAACCACGCAAACUGAUUGUGGGAAACUUGUUUCGAGUCGUCUUCUUUCUGCAGAAAAGGCAAUGCCACGAGCCAGAAUAAAAUCUUCUACUAUAAAAAAUGAGCUGGUUAGAACCGCGCAAACUGGUUGCGGGAAACCUGUUUCGAGUUAUCUUCUUUCUGCAAAAAAUGCCAUGCCACAAGCAACUCAGCAAAGAUCUUUGGAUAUUGUGAGACAGUCAGAAGACAUUGCACAUGCCAGAAGGAAAUCUCCUGCUAGCGAAAAUGAGCUUGUUAGAACCGCGGAAACUGAUUGUGGGAGUCCUGUUUUAAGUCAUCUUCUUUCUGCAGAAAAGGCCAUGCCACAAGCCAGAAGGAAAUCUUCUGCUAUCGAAGAUGAGCUGGCUAGAACCGCACAAACUGAUUGCGGGAGUCCUGUUUCAAAUCAUCUUCUUUCUGCAGAAAAGGCCAUGCCACAAGCAACACUGCCCACAUCCUUGGACAUUUUGGGACAGUCAGAGAACAUGCCACUGGGAAUGAAAAUAUCUUCUGCUAGUGAUAAUGAGCUGGUUAGAACCCCUCAAGUUGAUAUUCAAGGUCCUGGUUUAAGUCGGCUUUUUUAUGCCAGAAAGGCCAUGCUACAAGAAACCCUACCUGCAUCCUCAGACAUUGUGGGACCACUAGAGGACAGCGCUCCAGGCCAAAGGAAAAUAUCUUCUGAUAUUGAAAAUGAGCUGGUUAGAACCCUUCAAGCUGAUUGUAGAAGUCCUGUUUCAAGUCUUUUUUCUGUGGAAAAGGCCAUGCUACAAGCAAUUCCACCAGCAUCUUCAGACACUGCGGGACCACUAGAGGACAUGGUACCAGGUCAAAGGAAAAUAUCUUGUGAUAUUGAAAAUGUUACUACCCCUCAAGCUGAUUGUCGAAAUACUUUUUGCAGUCAUUUUCUUUCUUUGGAAAAGGAUCGACCCGAGGAAAGCACAUCUGUACCUAAUCUGAAUCGAACUCCAACUAUAAUUCAAGAUGUGAACUCAACUUUCCACAAAGUAGAAUCAUUCCUAAAGUCUAUCCCGAAGGAUCAUUUUCGUUCACUAUCAGGUACACCAAAUUCUAAUCUGGAGUCUGCAAAGGAAACAGUAAAACAUUUUGUUGGAGGACCAUUGAAGAUGUUGGCGGACCCAGCUAAUGAAAAGGUAUUGAAGGAAGCAAUUAGCCUAUUGAACGAGAAUCUCUCGUCAUUCACUGACGAACAAGUCAAGCUGUUGGUAAAGAUCAAACAUAUAUUCCCAUCAAUGGUUCAAGACCUGAGGGACGCAAGCCAAGCCGAGUCUAGUUGCCAAGACUUCUUCAUUGAUCUUGAGAAGCACAGGAAAACUUUAGAUGACUUGAGGAACACUGACAUGGAAUUGAAGUUAAAGUAUGAUCAAGAAGAGGCUGAAGAGAAAGAAAUGGAAACUAUGCUUAUGUUCCUUAGGAAGAGGAAGGCUCAAAUUCUAGAGAAAAGACGUGAAUUUUCUGUGAAGGCUAACCACACUGUCUUCAGCAGAAGAAAAAGCAGGUAAGAUUGAAGACACCAAAAUACUGUUGGUCAAGGUUAAAGAGCAAAUUGAUAACUUGAAGAGACAAUGGUCUGUCCUUAAACCUAUGGAUCUGUAAUUUGAAUGCCAACUCUUGUAACUGUUGGAUAGAGCAAUGCUAGUGCUAAUCAGUGCACUCUUUUGAAGAAAAAAAACAAAAAGAUCAGGGAAGGGACAUUUUAAAUGGUCUGGUUUUUGCUGUCGAUGAAGUGAGUUAAGGGUUCGGUAUGAUCAAUCUGUUUAGGGUUUAUUGGCUAUCCUUGUGAGCAAUCAAAUGGAGAUUGCGCAAGAUUUCGAAUGGAGUUAGCUCUCAACUGCUGUGAAAGGUUAACUAGGAAACACAAAUUCUCUUGUGAAAAAUGACAUGAUGUGGUAAAUUCAUGUUUUUUAUGUAAGAGAACACUAUAAAAUACUUUUUGAUAUUAAAAGGGUGUUGUAACUUUCAAAUUUAUCCUGGAUGAAAGUUAAGUGUAUUUUUUGUAUAGAGAAAGUUUCAUCUUUUUCUCUGUG